AAGUCAUAUUUUGCGUAAAAAGAGAGCACUAAACUAUAUUUGAUUGAUGACGGGAAGAAUUUCGUUUACGAUUUACUCUUCAUAUUUUUGGUAUUGUGCGUGUAUUAUUAAUCGAAGAAAAUGCCUGAUCAUUUAGGAGAUGAUAUGCGGAAAGUAAAGGAUGAUAAGGAGGAGCCAGAAAAAGAAAUCAAAUCACUGGAUGAGGGUGAUAUAGCGUUAUUGAAAUCAUACGGACAAGGGCAAUACACAAAAAUUAUCAAAGAGGUUGAAGAUGGCAUACAGACUGUGAUGAAACGUGUGAAUGAGCUCACUGGCAUCAAGGAAUCAGAUACUGGAUUAGCUCCACCAGCAUUAUGGGAUUUAGCAGCUGAUAAACAAACUUUGCAGAAUGAACAGCCAUUGCAAGUGGCAAGAUGUACAAAAAUCAUCAACGCAGAUUCAAAUGAUCCAAAAUACAUAAUCAAUGUGAAACAAUUUGCAAAAUUUGUUGUUGAUCUAGCAGACUCUGUGGCACCAACUGAUAUUGAAGAAGGAAUGAGGGUUGGUGUGGAUCGUAACAAGUACCAAAUUCACAUUCCCCUGCCCCCCAAGAUUGACCCCACUGUCACAAUGAUGCAAGUUGAAGAGAAACCAGAUGUGACAUACAGUGACGUUGGAGGUUGCAAGGAACAGAUAGAAAAGUUAAGAGAAGUUGUUGAAACACCACUGUUGCAUCCAGAGAAGUUUGUGAAAUUGGGAAUAGAGCCUCCCAAAGGUGUCCUUCUGUUUGGACCUCCAGGCACUGGCAAAACACUAUGUGCUAGAGCAGUCGCUAACCGUACCGAUGCAUGUUUCAUCAGAGUUAUUGGUUCCGAGUUGGUACAGAAGUAUGUGGGCGAAGGUGCCAGGAUGGUUCGAGAAUUGUUUGAGAUGGCUCGUAGUAAGAAGGCUUGUCUUAUAUUCUUCGACGAGAUUGACGCCAUUGGAGGAGCUAGAUUCGACGACGGUGCCGGUGGCGAUAAUGAAGUUCAGAGGACUAUGUUGGAGUUGAUCAACCAACUGGACGGCUUCGACCCGCGUGGUAACAUCAAGGUAUUGAUGGCGACUAAUAGGCCGGACACGCUGGACCCGGCGCUGAUGCGGCCGGGGCGGCUCGACCGCAAGGUGGAGUUCGGGCUGCCGGACCUGGAGGGGCGCGCGCACAUAUUCCGCAUCCACGCCCGCUCCAUGAGCGUCGAGAGGGACAUCAGGUUCGAUCUGUUGGCGAGACUCUGCCCCAACUCCACUGGAGCUGAAAUCAGAUCGGUGUGUACCGAAGCCGGCAUGUUCGCGAUCCGCGCACGCCGUAAGGUGGCGACCGAAAAAGACUUCCUGGAAGCCGUCAACAAAGUUAUCAAGUCCUACGCCAAGUUCUCAGCCACGCCGCGAUACAUGACUUACAACUAAACUCUUUGAUACAGCCGCUUUAUUCACUAGGUCAUGUCGUAGGUGAAACCAUAGACAAAGUAAACAGAGGAGUUAUGAUGUAGUAAAUGAUUGAUGGUUUCCUUACACUACACGAAUUUUAUGUUCGAAUAUUGUAUUCAAUAAAAUUUUUUUACUAAAUAACGAUUGAUACAAAAUUUUGUCUAUCUAUAAAUAAAAGACAUUUCUUUCACAAAUUAAAUAUUGAAUACAUAAAGUAAGCCAUGAAGUUUACAGUUUCUCAUUUAUGAAACAUAACCAUAGACAGUGAUUAAAGGUUUGUACUAGAAAAUAAAUGUAUCUUAAAUUUUGAAUAAUAAAAUAUUUAUGAAAAUGUG